AUGCCUGAGCAGGUAGGUGUUGGAGGUGAGGUGGCUCCCUGGUUGGUCAGUAUUGCUGUUGAAGCUCCGCCAAUGAAAUUACCUCGAGAUCAGGAUGUUUUCAAGGCUAAGUUGCAGGCAUUCCUGGCCCAUGAGGGGAAGACUCUUGCUGACAUGCAAGACCUGUGCAACCCAGUUACACCCCCCUCCGCACCGUUAGACCUGAACACCCAGCUUGUCAAUGCUAUCUCUGCUCUGGUUGAUAAAUGUCAGACUGCACCAGUAGAAAAUACAGCCUACCGCAAACUUCGUUUAUUUUCUGGUGUGAAGCCGACUCCUCCUGGAGAAGAGGAGUAUGAUGCAUGGGCGGAACAGACAACUCACAUGCUUGACGAGUGGAAGUGUCCAGAUUCACUGAAGAAGCAGAGAAUAGCUGAGUGUCUUAAAGGGCCAGCAGCAGAUAUUGUCAGAUGCCUGAGAGUGAGAAACCCCAAUGCAAUGGCAAAUGAUUACUUAAGAGCCCUUGAAACAGCUUUUGGAACCACAGAGAAUGCCACGGACCUCAUGUUUAAGUUCCGUAACACAUUCCAACUUGAAGGUGAGAAACUCUCUGCAUAUGUGCUCAGACUGGACAAACUGCUUCACUCAGUGCUUCGUAAAGGUGGAGUGAGCCUGACUGACCUGGAUAAGACCCGGAUUGAGCAGGUUGCAAGAGGUGCAUUGUCUCAUGACCUGGUUGCCCUCCGCAUCAGAUUGACCUACAAGCUUAGAUCUGCCCCCAGCUUCACUGAACUGCUCUGUGAUGUGAGAGAAGAAGAGGCUAUGAUUCUGGAGAGGCCUGCUGCUCCUCUUGUUGCUGCAUCUGCCAUGGUUGGGCCUGUUGAAUAUGCCACUGUCUCUGCUGUAUCUCCUUGGCGUGAGCCCAGCCCUGUGUCUGUUGCUACAGAAAAAGGUCCUUCUAUAGAGAGUCUGACUAAAGAGGUGGAAGAGCUGAAGACUGAGGUAACUCGCCUGCUCUCUUUUGCUGUUUCCUCGCCCUCAGUAGCUGCACAGACUCCACCACAGAGUUUCAGCCAGAAGUCAGAGGGAAGGUCGUUUACCAGAGCACAUGGAGAGCGACAGGACAAGCCAUACAGAGCUGAUGUUUUCUGCUACAGAUGUGGGGAAGAUGGCCAUUUCCAGCGAGAGUGCCAGAACUCUGAGAACCUCAAGAAAGUCAACCAGCGCCUCAUAAAGCUGAAGCGGCCGGCGGGAAACUCUCCAGGGGCCCAGUAA